AUGGUGGCUGUCACAAUGUCUCUACCAACAUUAGGCAGCGUCUUUCUGGGGCUGGUCCUUUUGUAUCUUGCACAGUCAAUGCUCCUCCCCAAGAAGGCGUCUGCACCACUGCCUCCAGGCCCGAAGCCGAAGCCGAUAAUUGGAAAUCUGCGGGAUCUGCCACGACCUGGACAGCAGGAGUGGGUUCACUGGUUGCAAUUCAAGGAGCUCUAUGGCCCCAUCAGUUCGGUCUCGAUGUUUGGCCAAACCAUCGUUGUCCUGAAUGACCACCAGGUGGCAUUUGACCUCAUGGAAAAGCGCUCGGCCACAUACUCCUCCCGACCUAGAAUGGUCUUUGCCGGGGAAAUAGUGGGCUGGGCAGACGUCUUAGGCUUGCAGGGAUACUCCGAUCGCUUUCGUUUGUAUCGCAAAGUGUUGCAUCGUGUCCUGGGUACCAAGGCUCUAAUGUCACGCUUCAACCCAUUGCAGGAUAUUGAAGUGCGGCGGUUUCUUCUGCGCGUUUUGCAGAAGCCAGAUGACUUGAUUCAACAUAUUCGAACGGAGGUUGGAGCGGUGAUUCUAAAGAUCGCUUACGGGUAUAACAUCGAGCCUAAUGGCCGCGAUCCCCUGGUUGACUUGGCAAACGAAGCAAUGGAGAAUUUCUCAGUUGCCGGGAACCCGGGGACCUGGCUGGUCGAUACCAUUCCUCUCUUGAGACACCUUCCAGCCUGGUUUCCGGGCGCUGGAUUCAAGCAGACCGGCUAUGCUUGGAGAAAGAAAUUGCUCACAACCAUUGAGAAGCCAUAUCAACUUGUGAAGCAGCAAAUGCGUCAAGGCUCGUACUCGCCCUCCUACUUGGCCAGUGUCCUCGAACAAAGCGAGGGAAAACCCACCGCUGAAGAAGAGUUUGUGAACAAAUGGACGGCCGCAUCGCUUUAUCUAGGAGGGGCAGACACGACGGUAUCGUCAUUAUCAUGCUUCUUCUUGGCAAUGGCAUUAUACCCCGACGUCCAGCGCAAAGCCCAAGAGGAGAUCGAUCGUGUCAUCGGCCCGAACAAGCUUCCCACGUUUGACGAUCGUGAGAAACUCCCAUACAUUGAGGCUGUGGUCAAGGAAACCCUUAGAUGGCACCCCGUUGGCCCGAUGGGCAUUCCGCACUUGGUCACCGAGGAUGAUGUCUACGAAGCUAUCUCAUCCCCAAGGGCGCACUAA